CUGCGGAGCUGAACGACCCGGAAGUUGAAGCCUUGGCAGAAUCUCGCGAUAUUCUUUUGUUUUCAUUGAUUCCAAACAUGGCGUCUGAAGGAGAGGCGGGCAGUGCGGCUACGACUGAACCUGAGCCCGGAGAGGGGUUUGUCUCCUUUUUACUCAACGUUUGUUAUGGUUAUAAAUUUCACGGACCUAUUUGUCAUCUUUGGGGAUGAAACAGAGUAAAAAUAAACUCUUAUUCUGCUGUAAAAGUGUUCAGUUAGCAUGUGGCUAAUUAGCGAGAGCGCUCCAUAGGCAGAGACUGAAACACAGACGCUGCUUUCUGCACAUAAAUCUGUUUAUCCUGCACAGAAAUAAGGAUUAAAAGGCGGAUAAGACCUUUAGUGUGGGCGUAACAUGGUAAAAAUUCAGCAUGUAUCAACAUACAUUGAUUAGACACCUGAUAACGAGCUAAUUUAUUAUGAAAAUGAAUAUUUACUGUACAGAGAAUCGUUAAUAAAAGGCUAAUCACUACCGCUGUCUUUGUUUUUAGGUCGAUAUCUGAGUUAUACCUGACAAAACAGACAGUAUGAGUUAUAACAGAUUAUCUGUGAGAAUUUUAGAUGUUCUUUCCCGUUCUUUUAAGUAAAUUUAACAACCUAACCAUCCUUUUGUAGCUGUCUAAUAAUAAUAAUGAUAAUGAAAAUAAAAAUCUUGUAUCUGCUCUCAGAGAUGCUGCAUUCAGGGAACUUCCCACCAGCAUGGACACAGAGUCAUCAAACGGCAAAGAGGGGAUGGUAAUUCCAUCAAACAUGAUAUUGACCACCGGGUGUUGAAGUGUUUAUGAUACAUGCUGUUAAAUUAAAAUGUAUGCGCUGUUUUAACUUCUUUAUUUUCCCUGACAGGAGACGGUGGGUGAAGGGUCUGAAGCUGCCGACGCUCUGACUGGAUCUGGAGACGAGGAGACGGGGAGGCAGCUGGGGGAGGUGGAGCUGCAGUGUGCUCUCUGUAUGAAGUGGUUCACUGCGGACACUUUUGGCAUCGACACUGCGUACGUUUUAAUCAGCUGUUUGACAGCCAGUGAAACAUCAGGAGUUGAAAGGAUAUUCCAUCGUAAAAUUAAGUUAGGAUUAAGCACACCUUAACACCGAGUUAGACUACCCCUUAAGAAGUAAGUGUUGCUGACCACUUGCUUCUCUAGUUAUACCAACUUAAGUAAUGACCGCAGGAUAGCAAUACAGAGAGCCACGCGCUCAACCAAAACACCACUCUAUAGCCACAAAUAAUGCUCAGAACAGCACCUAACUUCAUCAACAAGACAUACAGGGUCCCAGCCAUAGAACUAGCCACCAAACAUCCUUUGAACUUUGCCUAAUUUCUUUAGCAAAGAGACUAAACACAACUCACUUACUCUCUUCCAGCAGCUACUCCUCACUGAGCAUUUUCUCUGUCUAAAAGAGGUCAAGUAGACGUCUAAAUGUAGCCGAGACGACUGGUCUAAAAUCAGGCUACCAUAAGUCUAAAAAUGAAAGUUUUUUAGACGUCUAAAUUUAGACCCAAUUUUCAACAAGCCGGCUAACAGAGCUGUAUCUAUACUACACUGUAUUUUGCUCAACGGUUAUCAUAAAUAUUCUUGGAGAUCAGUUAUGCAACUCACAGUUGCUUUUUGAAAUAAAUAGUUAUUGAAUAAUGGGUUAAAGUGCAAUGUCUAAAUUCGGUCUAAAAAUAUGCAGAAUCUAGACGUUUGAAAUUAGGUCUUAAAAAAAGAAAAAUUAGACAUCUAAUAGCCGUCUAUUGCUCAGUGGGUUGUUUGUAGUGAGACUUCGGGCCAGUCCAUUACAGACUACAGUUGGGUGACGCAGCUCAAGGAAGAACAUUUAUGAUCAUGAUGGACUGGCCUGAGGUCUCUGUACAAACAAGCAGCUGCUAGAAGAGAGUAGGUGAGUUGUGUUUAGUCUCUUUGCUGAAGAAAUUAGUCAAAGUUAAAAAGAUGUUUGGUGGCUAGUACUCGGUGUUACGGUUUGACCCUGACUUAAUUUUACGCAGGAAUAUCCCUUUAAUGCAGCUGCACAUUACUGAUAUUUACUCUUCUCAUCUUCUGCAGGACCUGUCUUCCCUUCAUGACUAAUUAUGUGUUUCACUGCAACGUGUGCCAUCACAGUGGCAACACGUACUUCCUCAGGAAACAAGCGAGUAGGUGUCACAUGUCCCAACGCAGCAGAGUGUGUUUUUUUGGCUUAUUUCACAUGAAUGCACGGUCACUGCUUUCUCCCCUCACCACCAGUAUCCUUCUUUUUUUUUCUUCUAGACCUGAAGGAGAUGUGUCUCACAGCCUUAGCAAACCUGACGUGGCGCUCCAGAACACAAGAUGAGCACCCAAAAACGAUGUUCUCCAAAGACAAGGUGAACGUUAGUUAUAAGCUGAUUAUUUCGGUGUAUUUAGACCCGAGACUCUGAAAUAAUCAGCAUAAAUUUAUGAUGUUUAUAUGAGCAGUUUACACCACCAACUAAGGCAAGAUUCCUAGAUAGAGCUUCAAAGAAUUGGACUGAAUAGAUCAGAGAUUCAUUCUUCAUCACCUGCAUAAAAAACAGACAGGACUCUGGGGUGGGAAUCGCUGCAAGGGCUCAAAAUCUAUCUGGAAGAAACCAGAUAGAAACAUGAUAGAAACACGGGAGACCCGAGCCAGUUUAAAGGUAUAUUCCGGUGUAAAAUUAAUUUAGGGUCAAACACACCGUAACACCAAGUUAGACACCCCCUUCAGAGAUGAAUGCUGCCGACCGCUUGCUUCACUAGUUAUACCAACUUUAGAAAUGACCGCAGGAUAGCAAUACAGAGAGCCACGCGCUCAACCAAAACACCACUCUAUAGCCAUAAAUAAUGCUUAGAACAGCACCUAACUUCAUCAACAGUACAUACAGGGUCCCAGACACUAGGACUGGGCGAUAUAUGGUGAUAAAAAUAUAUAUUAAUAUAUUUUUAAAUGAGAUAUGGAAUUGGACCAUAUUGCAUGUAUCUAUAUACAGAUAUCAGAUGCUGUUGUUGACAGGCUGGAUCCCACACAAAAUCUUAAACCCAUUUCAACCGGGACAGCAUGUACGCAUUUCAACCUUCCAAGCCAGGAGCGUGGCUGCACAUUUCUACUUGGAAAGCUGGGUGCAUGUAGGUAUUUCAACCCUUCAAGCAGGGAGAAGCGUGGUGCCACUGAUUAUUUCUACUCUUCAAGCCGGGAGCGCGAAUACAUCAUUUUGUAACAUUCUGUAAUUUUUUAAUCAUUUCUGGAGUCGUGGCAAAUCAAAUCAUCAUACCCGUCUGCCUCUGAUAGGUUAAUUAAGAUUAAUAAAGGAUUGAUCAGUUGACCAGAUUGAUGCUCUGAUCUUGCUACGUGCUUUGUGGGGAAAGUAAACAAUGACGGAGGCAGAGAGCUGCUUCGGAGGAGAACAAUCCAGCACGGUGAACAACCUCUUCAUGUUGUUGUUUGUAGCGAGACCUCAGGCCAGUCCAUACAGCGGGGUGACGCAGCUCAAGGAAGAACAUUUAUGAUCAUUUCUUUAUCAUUUCCUUGAAGCAAUAAUCGUCACAUUAAUCAUUUUGCUCUGCAGACGUGGUAGUUAUUCUGCCUUAGCGUCUCAGUCUGACUGCAUUUCCAUGAAGAAAUGAUGUUUGGGAAGAUGUUUGGUUUCUAGUUCUACUGCUGGGACCCUAUAUGUACUGUUGAUGAAGUUAGGUGCUGCUCUAAGCAUUAUUUGUGGCUAUAGAGUGGCGUUUUGGAUGAGCGCGUGGCUCUCUGUAUUGCUAUCCUGCGGUCGUUACGAAAGUAGGUGUAACUAGAGAAACAAGCGGUCGGCAACAUUCAUCUCUGGAGGGGGUGUCUAACUCGGUGUUACGGUAUGUUUGACCCUAAAUUAAUUUUACGCCGGAGUAUCCCUUUGAGGUGGUCUGAGGGUAUAAGGAGGACUAUCCUGUGGUCUGAAAAACUGAAAUUUGACUUAAUUUGGGAAAUCGUAGACUCUGCAGCCUCAAACGUUUCUCUUUGUCUUCCUCAGAUUUUAAAAUGUAUAGCAGUGCGGGUGUUAAUUAACUUCCUCUGAUGAAUUUGUGAACAUUCACUUCUAUCUGCUUUCUUUUCUCUCUGCAGGAUAUCAUACCGUUCAUCGAUAAGUACUGGGAGUGCAUGACGACUCGGCAGAGACCGGGGAAGCUCACCUGGCCCAACAACAUCGUUAAGACGAUGGUAAGUGAAGACACUUUGAUACCCAGACCGUUUAGAAGAUGCUGCUUUGAAUUCAGAGAGGGGAGAAGUGUUGAGACCAACCCUUUAUGAAAAUCUGCCAGUUAACAAAUUUGUCAGAUGAAUGCAGUAAAGUUAAAAUGACAUUAUACACUAAAAAGACAUAAAACUGCUUUCGUUUAUUGUCAAGGCUGUUUAACAAUCCUGUUGUUUCCGAUCCAGAGCAAAGAGCGAGAUGUUUUCUUGGUGAAGGAGCACCCUGAUCCUGGCAGCAAAGAUCCAGAGGAGGAGUACCCCAAAUUUGGCCUCUUAGACCAGGUACUGUUCACCCUCCAGCUAAUGCACUUGUUAAAAGAAAAAGAAAGAAAGGUUUCAAGCUGCAGAGAGAGAAGAAGACAAAGUAUUUCUUCUUUCUAAAGUUUGAUUUUUGUAUCUGUUACUGGUAUGCAGGAUCUGGGAAAUAUCGGACCUUCCUACGACACUCAGAAACAGACCACAGCGGCUCCCACUGCUGGAGGGCUGAACGGUACGGAUCCAAAACACUGAAAACACAACCUAAAACACAUGACAUGAUAAUCUGUUUCAACAAAUUCCAAGUGGAGGGUAGCAAACUUCCUAAAAGUAAAAGCAGGUGUGUGUUAAAUGUGAUGACAGUGGUCAUUUUGUGCGUUGUGUUCCAGGUGGAUCUUCUUUCUCAGGUGAAUAUUUGGUAUUUUGGCAUUUGCAGCCGAUCACUUUUGUGUUUGUGUCUUGUAACCCUCCGGAUCGAAGUUAGCCCACAAAUCAAACCUCAAAUUUAAAAAAUGAAGCGAUUACGAUCAUGUGGGCAACUUCAUCCUUCCUGUCUGCUCUCUGUAUCUGUUUGGUGCUCGCCUCUCCCAGAAAGCUUCUCCCCUUUUCGAUCAGUGAACGUCUCCUCCUUGUCUCUGCUGCUUGCUGCUGAUGGGCUUUAAGAUCCUGAAAACUCCCCCCUGUCUGAAAUGACUCCCUGUCCUGCAAAACAAAACACAGAAAAGUUUAAAAGAGCAGGUUGAGAAUUGUGUUUAAAAUCAUAAACAGAUUACCGUGACUGUUUAAGGAGGUGACAUAAAAUCAGGGUUUCUUUGGAGUGAUUCCUGUGUGAAUAGUCUGAUGAAGAAAGAGCCGUCUUUUUCCUCAAAGACAGAACGAUUCAGAUCACAUCUGCUGUAUGAGGCUGAUAGUGUUAAAAAAAAAAUGCCAUGCAACUAAUUCCUGCCUUGUUUUGUUCCUGCUGUGUCCCUGUGCACACCAAAUGCUUAAUAACCAAACCUGCUUCCACUGUGUGUGCAAGUCUGUGUGUGUCUGAGCUCAGGAUUGUUGGUUCAGAGAAACUAUGAAAAGGUGAAUAUUUAAGUUCAUUUGAAGUCUCCAGUGGCGUGACUGAGGUUUUAAUCCAGCAGUGACACAAACAAGAGUGUCGACUGUGUCCGUUCAUCAAUUAAUCAAUCAAACUUGAUUUAUAAAGCAGUUUUCCUACAGGAAUGUGACUCAAAGUGCUUUACAGUCAAGUUAAAAACAAAAACAAACAAACAAAAAAAAGAUAUCCCAGAUGCCGCCUCACCCCCCCCACCCCCAUCCCCCACCUACACACACACACACAUUAAGAGAAUGGGCAUGAGGCUGAGUGCAGAUGAACCAGUUGAGAAGGCGCCAUCAGAGGAGCCGUCAGCACCAGGAGCAGAGAGCCGCCCGCAGCCACAGGACACCGACACGGGGCCAGUGGAGGGAUGUGUCAGAUACCAACCUCCACCAGGAACCCUGUGGCCGGCCCCUGCAACCACAAGCGACCACUGCUCCCGGUGCCGAGGGCUCCCUCGGAGGAAACACUGGGGGUCCUAAAAAUUACAAAAAGAUAAAAACAAGUAAAAUCUAAAAAAUGAAUAAAACACAGACCUAAAAUAAACCUAGGCUAACUAGAAUAAAUGAAGAUAAAACAAAUAAAUAUCAAUUAAAAGCUAAAAAGGUGGGUCUUGAGCCUGCUCUUAACUGCCUGUCCGUCUGUGUGCAAUUGUUCGUGUUUAAUGUCUGAGAAUAAAAUCCGUUGUUUUUCUGAAGGUGCUCUGGCCCCUGGACCAGGAAAAGGAAGAGGGGCCAAACGUAAACAGCAGCAGCAGCAGGAGGGCACCGCAGCCGGAGCCACUAAGAGAACCAGGAGGUCUGAAACAAUUACAUUUCCAGGAGGCAUUUCAAAAUAAAAGCCUGAUCUGAUACAACACUGCGCUUUUAUUCUGAAACUGUCUUAUAUACUUAUGUGAAGUUUCUGUUGGGUAUAGACAGGUUUCUGUGCAACGUCAUCGCAGGUAUGCGCACGCAGCCUUGGGGCAGAAAGCGGGACAUUUCUUAUUUGUUUACUAGCGGAGUCAAAGAAAAUGACAAGGAGCUGUUGUGCUGUAAACUGCACGAAUCGGCAAAACAAACAAUCAGCAAACAUUACGACCCUGCUCCUGAUAUUAGAAACAUCUAAAACAACAUCACAACCCAUGUAAAUUGAGUGAAAUUCAUGGAUAUUUUAGCAAGUGUUUUUUUGAUUUUGAUGCAAUGAAAGACAAAGCGAUAUUUCAAUGAAAUGACAUUUUAUUGCAAUUGUGUCAGGGAGAACCUGCAGACAAUACAGCAUCUUUAGUGAUAUCAGUUCACUUUGAAGCAGUCUUUUGCCCAGUGGUUGUCCACGCACCUAGUAUUGUUUGUACACUAGAAACCCAUCUAGGUAGAAGAAAGUCCUGCAGCUGUUUUUUAAGGUUCUCAGCCUCUUCUCAGAAGUUUUGUGCCUUAAAGACUGCAGAAGAUAGUUUCAGCUCUGACGCCUCGAACUUUCAUUUUUGUUGUUGUUGACUGUUUUUUAGGUGGAUACUUUGUUCUUUUGUUGAAUCAAGAGUCUGAAUUCAGAAUUCCUCAGGCUGCACAGAUAACACCGCCUCUCUGAAGACCACCCUCUCCUCUUUUUUCUCCCCUCCCCUCCUCGCAGUGACCCCCUGUUCUCGGCUCAGCGCCUCCCUCCUCAUGGUUACCCUCUGGAGCACCCCUUUAACAAAGACGGGUACCGGUACAUCCUGGCAGAACCAGACCCUCACGCUCCAGAUCCCGAGAAGCUGGAGCUGGACUGCUGGGCAGGGAAACCCAUCCCAGGGGAUCUGUACAGAGCCUGUCUGUACGAGAGGGUGCUGCUGGCCCUGCAUGAUAGAGGUACUCAGAGUAAGAGUCUAGGGGCCUCAUUUAUCAACCGUGCGUACGCACAGAUGUAUGCGAAAUUAGUGCGUACGAACAUUCCCACCCCAAGUCUGGAAUUUAUCAACCUGUACUUAUUCUUAGGAACAUGUGUAAAUUUAAGCACAACUCUGGCCAUGCUUACACACAAACCCUAGUGGUAGAACAGUGAAACUACAACUAGAACCCAUUAAAGGAGUCAUAGCAAUCAGCAAUCUCAAACUUCACACAUGUUCUCUGUUCCCUCUGUACAAAAUUUAUCAGUUAGUUUUUGAUCAGACAUUUUGAAUGAUUGGCGUGACAAGCUAUAAAAAUCAGCUGUGACAGGACAACCUUAGAAGAAAGGUCCUUACACACCAGGGCUGACGCGAAUAUAGAAUGUGAAAUUAGGAAAUAUUCAGAGGCAAAUUUUGACGCGCCUGACUAUACACAUCAAGCCUGAUGCGAUUUUGAGUCUUUCAUGGAGGAAAAAGAAACAUCCCGGGGAAGACUUUUCCUAGGGAAAGUCCCGCCCUCUUUGCCUCUGAUUGCCUAGAAAAGCUGGAAACGUCAUCACACGCUCAAGCCAAAUGGUCAGCACUUCUGUCAUGAUAGCAUGUACUGAGUCAGGGCCAGGACCAGAUAAGCACAUGAAACUAUGCUAACAACCGUUAGCAUACGUUAGCACAGAUGAAAGUUAAAACAAAGACGUUUAGCAAACUGUUAAAGCACACAAACUAUCGUCAUAUGAGAAAUCUGACGCUAUGACUCUCCACAAGUUGUCCUUCAGGUCCUUAUCUUUGUAAUGUUUGUGUCUUUUAUCAAAAAGCACUCUGUUCUCCGACACAUAAAACAAUCAGCCUGUCAGCCAUGUGAAAGUAUGUGAAACUUCAGAAAAAUCGAAUGUGAUCCGAAAAAAUAAAUGCCGCAAUAACGCAGGACGGGAAAACGUCGCUGAUGUGAACGCUUGUAUUGACAGCAUACGGGUUCAAAAAAAAAUUAUUGAUGUCCAAAAUAAUUGCACAACAAAAAUGCUCCCAGUGUGAAAGAACCUGAAGUCUUACAAGUACAAAUACAAGUAUCAUGGAUUAUUUUGCGCUAUAGGAGGACUUUGAGAACUGUCUCCUCCUCAGGGAGCCCGUUUUCAAAGAGCGCGCUGAUCUGUUCAGUGAGAACACAGAGUGGAUUCUCAGCAGGUACUGCUUCCCCAAAAACAUUUGAAUGGAUUUAUGAUCCGUGAUUUACAACCCAUGUUGGAGCGAGAGACAAAACGCACCAAAGCCAUCCCAGUGACCAUCCAGCUCCUGUCCUCCCUAACUGGAACAUCUCAGCGUGAGAUUGGAGACAUAAACAACAUUUUACAGCCAAAGCUAAGCAGAAUCAUGCCGGCAGAGUUUGGUGCAAUAAUUUCUCCUGACUCAAUUUACAUCCAGUUCCCAAACACACAUCAGCAACAAGCCGGAAUAAAACUCAUGACACAAUAAAUUCAUGACAUUGCCAGAUUCUCUAACAUAAUUGGAGUCAUAGAUUUCACCACAUCGUAAUAAAAGCAUCUUUACAUGAUAAAUUCAGUUUUGUCAACAGGAAAAGAUUUUAAUCAACCAUCUGCAAAAUCCAUUCACUUAUUUUAAAGGGAUUGUUAAUAAAAAAUAUGGUCAAUUGGGGGCGUUUCUGAAUGAAAAUGACCCUAACCAUGCACGAGCAUGGUAAUAAAGAACAGGUGGGAUUUAUCAUCACUGAUUUCUUACUGGUGUUCGUACGACCAGUGUCUGCAUGUUUGAGAAAUACAGAUUUUUUUGUACUUGCGCCCAUUCUAAAUUUCACUCCUACGCCAGAAUUAAGAACCUUUUCUAAGCACGGUUGAUGAAUGAGGACCCUGGAGAAGGUUUUAAUGUCAGGGUUAAAAAAGACCUCAGACUGAUGUUUGUGUUUCAGCGCCUCAGCUGAAGAUCUCUGACGACCGUCUGACUGUGACCGGAGAGAAAGGUUACUCCAUGGUGCGAGCAUCUCAUGGGGUGAGGAAAGGUUCCUGGUACUUUGAGGUCUCUGUUGACGACAUGCCCCCAGACACAGCAGCUAGACUGGGCUGGUCUCAGCCGCUCGGUCAGUGUUUCAACCUUCUCUGACUUCUGUCCCUAAAGUAUAAAGUACGUUUAAUUCAGUUGUUCAUUCUUGAGAUGUUCAUAUUUCCAGGAAACCUUCAGGCUCCACUGGGUUAUGACAAGUUCAGCUACUCGUGGCGCAGUAAGAAAGGAACCCGCUUCCACCAGUCAAUAGGGAAACAUUACUCCUCAGGUUACGGUCAGGGAGACACGCUGGGCUUUUUCAUCGAGCUGCCUGACACCACAGAGACCGCCAAGGCUCUGCCCGACACGUACAAAGACAAGGUAACACCUGAGACCCAGCGUGGACUGAUCAUGUGACCUCAUUCUGACGUCUUUAACCUGUUUUCUUUUCUCUCCAGGCGCUCAUUAAGUUCAAGAGCUACCUGUACUUUGAGGAAAAGGAUUACGUGGACAAGGCGGAGAAAAGCCUGAAAGCCAUGUCGCCCAGCAGGGUGAGAGAGUCGCUCUUAAACCCCAACAGGACUUCCUGUUUUCAGCUUUUAGAUAUUAAAAUGAAGAAGUUAACGUGUCAGGUCAUUUGGAGAAAUAAGAGGUGAAAUAAACAGAUUUAUUUUCUUUCAGAUGAUCUUCUAUAAAAAUGGAGUGAGUCAGGGCAUGGCCUUUGAAAACCUGUUUGAGGGUCUUUACUUUCCCGCCAUCUCGCUCUAUAAGAGCUGCACGGUCAGUACGCAGAGACUUUCGCUUUAUUUAUUUAAUUUCCUUCUUCUGUUUUUGUUCUGUCUGUCUAUCCGUCUUUUUAUUGUAUAUUUAUCUGUUGUCAAUUUCACCCUCUCACUGUGGAUUUUGAAUGCCUCUCUCUUCUUUCUUUUUCUUCUUUCCUUUCUAUCUUUUAGUUAUUUUUUAUUGUUUUUUUUCUUUUUCAUUUAAUCAUCUGCCCUUUCCUCUUUUUUCUUCGUUCUUCAAUUUAUGUUAUAUUUAUAUAUAUUUUUUAAAAAUGUGUCUCCUUUCCAACAUUUUUUUGUCCAUAUUUUGUCUUUUUUUAUCAUCCUUUCUCUCUCUUUUUUCCUAACUCCUUUGUCUUUUUACAUUUUCUGUCAUCUUUCUUUUCUUCCAAAUUUCCUCUUUUACACUUAUUCCCCAUUUUCAGAUUUCAUAGUUUUCCCUUUUUUUGCUGUCUUUGUUUCCUUCUCCUUUAAAAUUUUUUGCAGUACUUUUUUGUUCACUCUUCCUCUUUUUUUACUUCUCUCCUGAUUUCUAUUUUCUGUUUGGUUUUUCUCUUUGUUCUUUCUUUCCAUCUUUUGCCCUUUUUUUUAAAUCUGUUUUUUUUCCUCUUUUUCUCCCGUCAGGUGUCGGUGAAUUUUGGGCCUCAUUUUAAAUAUCCUCCUAAAGAGCUGAAGUACCAGCCGGUGAGAAAAUAAGACUCUUUACAGCUCCUUUUAACUUCCAUCGACCUUUUCCUUUUUUGUUUAUGUUUCUAUUUGUUUUUCUCUCCUCUCAGAUGAGCGACAUGGGUUGGGGGGCCGUGAUUGAGCACACACUGGCAGACAUGUUGUACCACGUGGAGACGGACGUGGACGGUCGCCGCAGUCCUCCAUGGGAAGGAUAAAGAUCUUUGUGAAGUCCUGAUCCAUCUUUAUCCCAGUUUAAGUAAAAGCACCGAACACGUCAGUCGACUUUAGAGCAAACAGACUGUGCCUGAAUGAAAGUCCUGCAGUAUCUGAUCCAUGAGGAGCAGAAUCUGAGAAAACCCGGGUCUCUUUUCCAGAUCUGAGGGACUGAUUGGUACUUCAAAUUUAGGAGCUGCUUCAGAACAUGGACCGCAGUUCAGCUGCUGUUUUAAGACUGAAUGAAUCUUCUGGAGCAGCUUCUAACUUUCUCCACCGUCACAGUCUUUCAGAUCCUUAAAGUCCCGCAUUCAAACCACGAGUUUAAAGCUCGUCUUAUUCGGCGCUCGUUGACUCACAUUCCUCUGAAAAUCUUCUGGUUUGGUGCUCGGGUCAAAGAUGUGAAUAUUUAGAGAAAUCACUGACGUUCUGCAGCGAACUCGGUUGUCUCUUCAACAUUUCCUCUCAGUCCUCGAUCCUGACAUCUUCAGUUUGUUCAUUUUCCUUAUUUUAUUUGUUUUACUUUGUGUGUCGGUUAUUUACUGUUUUAUACUCUUGCUAAAAUAAAAAAUAAAAAUGCUCCACGAACAAAGC